AUGGGCCUCCACUUGGUUUCUGGCAACAGUGCAGACCACAAGCAUGACCUCCUGCAGCCACAGGACCAUAGACCCAAACAGCCUUCAGAGACUGUCCAGACAAUGGAUAUCAACAUGGCCUUAGGUGGCAGUGCAGGCACAUUACCUCCUGUCUCUAGGCUAAGGGAACCUCAGGUGGACAAGUCAAUCAAAAGGAGGGAACCUAAAAGAAAAUCCCUGGCCUUCAUGGGAGGUGCCAAGGGGCUGAUGGACAUUUUUGGAAAAGGGAAAGAAACCGAGUUUAGGCAGAAAGUGUUGAGUAAUUGCAGGUUCACAGCGAGGCUGAUCUGACUCCAGACAGAUGAGCUGCUGCCCAUCGAGUAGCAGCUGCAGUCCAAUGAGACAGAAAUAUGAUUCUGGGAGAAAAAGCACAAUUCCAGCCUGGAAGAAGAAAUUGUCCACCUAGAGCAAAAGUUCAAAAGGAAUGAAGUGGAGAUCAAGGAGGAGGAACUUUGGGAAAGUGAACUACAAGAAAAUGAGAGGCAGCUGCAAGACAAGCUUGAUGAGAUACGGCAGAAAGUCAUGGACUGUGAUAGCAAGCUGAAGGAUUACCUGGCACAGGUCUACACUUUGGAAGGUGCCCUAGGAGCAGAAAAGCUUCACUGGGAAGUUGAGGAGGUAGAGGUCAACGAGGAAGAGGUGAAAGGGAAGAUUGAAAAAGUCAAGGGGGAAGUGGACCUUGAGGGGCAGCAGAACCUGAGGCUGGAGAAUGGCAUCAUAGCCGUAGAGAGGUCUCUGGGGCAGGCCAUCGAGCGGUUACAGGACAAGGGACAGGAGCUGGAGCAGUUGGCCAAAGAGCUCUUGAAUUGCUUGGUCCUUUUGCCAAUGGACAAUUUAGCAUUUGAAAUGCAAGAAGAUGGAACACAGAAAGCUUCAUCUAUGGGAAAGAUCAGUGCCUCCUCCAAAGUGGAAAAGAAGAGGCAGUGGUCACUGCUGAGUGUUUUCCUGUUGUGCCUGCUGGCCUGCUUCAUCACCACAGCAGUAGGAGUACUUACCCUCUCCUUGGUUUAUGUCAAUGCCAAGCCUCACUUUGAGAAGGAAGCCUCACCUCCACACACAAUGGUUCCCCAAGGACAAAAGGCUGUUGAUCCAAAAUUUCAGUUUCUCAAUCAUUUACCCCAAUCCCAGGUGUUUGAGUUCCCUGGUGGUGCAAUCCAGUGGGCGAGGUACAGGAACAACAUCAAAGACUAUCUCAGUGUUGAAGAAGAGGCAUUUGGCACCAGCUUGAACAGUCUAAGAUCGCAGAUGACUCUGGGGACACUGAGAAUAAAAAGCAAGGGCCUCCGGGCUCCUCACUGGCACUUCAAUGCCAAUGAACAUGGCUAUCUCGUGCAGGGGACGGCAUGGAUUGGAGUGGUUGAUGAUGCUGGUGAAGUCGCUACCACAUACAAUGUUACAGCUGGCCAAGUGAUCUUCUUUCCUAAAAAUACACCACACUGGAUAAAGAACGUGGGUCAUGAAGAUUGCUUCUUCUUGCUGUUCUUUUCCACACAUGAUGAGCUGCAGACUCUAGAUGUAGAUGAUGUAUUUUUUUCUACACCUGAAGACAUUGCUUCCAGGGCACUUAAGCCUGAAGGUGGAAUUAAUUUCAUUAGAAAAUUCCAGAAGCAAACAGAGGAUCAGGGGGUCAAUCUUCCUCCCAACCUGGCAGAGCUAGUUACAAAUGCUACUUAUGUACAGUCUCCUGACAGCACUGUGUGGAGAUACUUUUUUGACCUUAAAGGUUCAAAAGAAUAUAAGUUUCCAGGGGGAGUCAUCCAGCUAGCACAGUAUUGGAAGGAUGCAGAUGAACUAAACAGCAAUGAAAAAAUUUUCAAUGAAUUUCUACAUCAGCAUCAAAAUGUCCUUGCAUUGAGUACACUCCGGAUUUACAAUAACGGAUUAAGACAGCCACAUUUUCACUUCAAUGCAAAUGAAAUGGGAUAUGUAGUGAGUGGAUGUGGAAAGGUGGGCAUCAUUAAUACUCAGAGAACAAUCGAGUUUAACAUCCACAUUGGAGAUGUGGUAUUUUUUCCUAUGGGAACCCAGCAUUACAUCAAGAACACAUGUGAUGAGGAUUUGUUCUUCGUUCUUGCCUUCAGCACUGGAGAUCAGGUACAAACUCUUGACAUGGAUGAUUAUCUCCUGGCCACCUCAGACCAUAUUUUGGCCCAGCUUUUCUUCAGGAAGCAAAGCGAAUUUAAGAAGAUUCCUAAAUUCACAGAGGACCAGGCCAUCAACCUACCUUAAAUUACUAAUGAGUUCAUAGUUACUGUUCUUUGUCAGUUGUUG